GGUGUGGAUGAAUAAGCAGCCAGGAGCUGGAUCUGGCAUCAGAGCAGUGUGGAGCAUAUUCUGCUGCAUCUUUCGCUUCAGGCCUGUCUGGAAAGAGGUGGUGGAAGGAAAAAGUGCUAUUCUCAUCGGCAUGAGCCAGUGGAACUCAAAUGACCUUGUUGAGCAGAUAGAAACAAUUGGGAAGCUGGAAGAAAAUCAAGUGUUUGUAAAAAUUGCCAGCUCACAGGAGAAGUGUGAGUUGACAGGGAUGUGGUAAGCUACCUGUUAAGAAAGAGAGGACCAAGCACUGAAUUUGCUGCAGGAAUGGAAGAACUGCUAGCGACAGAGAUCUGCUGUCAUUCCUUUUACAUUGUUUUCCUUCCUGAUGGCCAGGUCUGGUUAUUGGCAGAGGGAAAGAUAAACUGUUCCCAUGUCACGAGGCUGCCCCUUUCUUUUUGUUGGUCUAUGUGCCGUGUUCUCCCCAGCCACCUGCCUUCAGCAUUAGAGUGAAGAAUCUGUGUUUUGUUCAUCAGGCUUUCUACAGGAAAAGCAACGUGAAUUAUAUCAUGCCUCAUUAAGAAAACAAAGGUUACCUGCACAAGGCAGUAUUGAAAUACAUGAGGACAGUGAGACCACAUCACUUCACCUUCCAUGGUAGAUUGUUGUCUGUGUAUGCAUGCAUUCACGUGCUCAUAAAUGUAUUUAUGAGAUUUAUGGCUGUCAGCUCCAGUACAAUUUUUACUCUUUCAGUAAAUGUCUGGGAAGUAGUUCAACACCAGAAAUGCAAAACUCGUGUGCUAAUUCUGAUCCUACAUGGAGGGAAUAUCUUGGACAAUGGGGGAGAGGAUCAAAGCAGCAAGCUGGCAGACAUCAACACCUUCUGUUCUGUCUUUGAGAAGGUGACACAAGACCAUUUCCCUGCUGCUUUGGGCCACAUCUUAAUCAGACUUGUUCCCUGCCCAGCAAUCUGUUCAGCAGCUUUCUCUCUUGUUUCCAACAUGUUCUACUUUAGCCUGAAUCCUUACAGCUAUGAUGAAAGCUGUCUGAGCAGCAGUGAAGACCACAUCCCGCUGGCUGCGCUGCCCUUGCUGGCUGUUUCAUCCCCUCAGUACCAGGACGCAGUUGCCAUGGUGAUCAGUAGAGCAAACCAAGUUUACAAUGACUUUCUCAAAUCUACAGAUGGAGUUGGGUUUAAUGGGCAGGUGUGUCUCAUUGGUGACUGCAUUGGAGGCAUUUUGGGGUUUGAUGCCAUUUGCUGUAAUACUAACAGAACUGAUGAGAGUCAGAACAGUAGCAGGAGAGGAAGCAUCAGCAGCAUCCAGGAUAAUCCCCUUUUAACGGAGGACUCCAGUCUGGGUGGCAGAAAACACCUGAGCAAAAGCAAUAUUGACAUCUCAGAAAUCAUGGAGGAUGAAGAGCCCAGACAGCUGUUGCCUAGGAAGCAGAGUGACUCCUCCACCUACAACUGUGAUACUAUAACAAAUCAUCAUGCUUUCCUGUCUAGCAUCUGCUCAAGUGUGCUGAAAGAUGACGCAGACUUUCUUCCUGCGAAUUCCAGUCUCUCAGAUGUAAACCUGGGCCGGUUUGAUUUUGAGGUGUCUGAUUUCUUCCUCUUUGGAUCACCACUUGGUUUGGUGCUGGCCAUGAGGAGUACUGUUCUGCCAGGUCUGAAUGUUUGUCAGGUUCGCCCAGCCUGCAGCCAGGUGUACAGUUUCUUUCACUCUGCUGACCCAUCUGCCUGCAGACUUGAACCAUUGCUGGAGAAAAGAUUUCAUCUCCUGCCUCCAUUCAGUGUUCCACGAUACCAGAGAUACCCACUGGGGGAUGGAAGAUCUCAUCAGUUAGGUGAUGCUAUCCAGAACUACAGUGCUCUGUUCCUUGAGAGCAGCUCUUUGAACAUAACUCACUCUCAGGAGAGUUCUGAACCUAUGAACACAUCUCAGAAACAAGAGAGAAGGUUGAGCUUGGCCAGCACAAACAGUGAAAACUCAGGAUCAGCAGAGAGCUUGUCAUCAGCAUGCCUCACCAACAUUACUGCUAAGUGGUGGGGAACAAAGCGAAUUGAUUAUGCCUUGUAUUGUCCAGAUGUCCUGACAGCAUUUCCAACUGUGGCCCUGCCACAUCUUUUCCACGCCAGCUACUGGGAAUCAACAGACGUCGUGGCAUUCAUUUUAAGACAGGUGAUGAGAUAUGAAAACGUAAAUUUCAAAGAAAAUGAUAGCCUGGAUCCCGCAACGCUAAGCCCGUCCAAUCCACGAGAAAAAUGGCUGCGCAAAAGGACACAUGUCAAAUUGAGAAAUGUGACUGCUAAUCAUCGGGCGAAUGAUGUAAUUGCUGCAGAAGAUGGUCCUCAGGUACUUGUUGGGCGCUUUAUGUAUGGACCUCUGGACAUGGUAGCUUUAACAGGUGAAAAGGUUGAUAUCUUCAUAAUGACUGAACCAUCUUCUGGUAGGUGGGUCUAUUUUGACACAGAGAUAUCCAACAGCAGUGGCCGGAUAUCCUACAGUAUACCCAAACAGAAGAGACUGAGAGUUGGUGUAUAUCCCAUCAGAAUGAUUGUCAGAGGGGACCAGAGCAGCGCCACAAGCUACCUGACUGUGCUUCCCCGAGGAAUGGAAUGUGUUGUGUUCAGCAUUGAUGGUUCAUUUGCAGCAAGUGUUUCAAUAAUGGGAAGUGACCCCAAAGUCCGAGCUGGGGCUGUCGAUGUUGUGAGACAUUGGCAGGACCUAGGAUAUCUGAUUAUCUAUAUUACUGGCCGUCCAGAUAUGCAAAAGCAGCGUGUGGUUUCAUGGUUAUCUCAACACAACUUCCCUCAAGGAAUGAUCUUCUUCUCUGAUGGACUUGUUCAUGACCCACUGCGACAAAAGACUAUUUUUCUAAGGAAUCUCAUGCAAGAGUGCCACAUCAAAAUCUGUGCUGCAUAUGGUUCGACAAAGGAUAUUUCCGUUUACAAUGUCUUAGCUCUGUCGCCAUCCCAGAUCUACAUAGUUGGGCGAUCGACAAAGAAAUACCAGGCACAAUGUCAACCUCUGCAGCUAGGAAGAGCUUGCACAAGGUAUACCAGAGAGCAUACUCCACCUUCCUCCAGUCAGUUCACUGCUUGCACAGUCUGUGGAAGUUUUGAAGCCUCUCCACAGAAGAGAAACAGACAGAAGCUGUAUAUUACAGAGAAGCACUUACACUUGAUCUGCCAAACAGAAGAAGCAGAAGUGAAACUGUGAAACACCAAGCCGUUAUUUCAGUGGAUGCUGGUGGUAGUGCAGGUCAGUACAACGUGGGCCACGCCUGAAAGCGCCACUUCUUUGAAUUGUUGACGUAUAUCCAGUUUUAAAUUACUGUAUUAAACAAAAACUAACAACAGCUGUAAUCAGUGGCCAUUUUAGACUUCUCAAGAUUUGAGAUACUGUGAAAACACACAUUUACACUGUGGCAUCUUUGUGUAACUACUGAAAGCAACCUUAAGUGAUGCUUUGUUUCUGCUUUCACAGCACAAUUGUAAUUUGUUUUUAAACAAUGGCUGUGUUUAUUCAAUUAAAAAAGUACUUGUAUUCGCUAGUGCACUUGGAACAGGUUCUUGUUUGACAAAUUACACCUAUUUAGUUUUGUGGCAUGACGUAUAUCUAUUCUGCAUAAAAAUUUUGUCAAGUGUAAAAUUGACAUGGUAUUGAUCAUUCCUCUCAUUCCUUAGGGAUUCGUGAGAAUUGCUCUUUUGAUUUGUUUGGAUGAAAAUAGCCUUUCAUUCUUACGUAUCACUUCUCUACUACGUAGGGAAAUAAUUUCUUAACAAAAUUAAAACUUUUUACUCAUUAUGUAGAAGUGCAGCUAUCAGGAAACCACGGAGAAAUAAACUCGAUACUUUCAUCUACAAUUAAAAUAAGAACAGGGACAUUUAUCUUGAAGCUCCACCAUUUUGCACAAUAGCCUCUGUUUGCUUUUGUUAGUGAACACGUUGUGUAUUUUACACAUUGCAGUAUCAUAGCACUGUUACUAUGUGUAUUUAAGUUAAUCCCCAAUAGUUAAGGCUGUAGAAUUAUCAUGUAUUUCACAGUAUAAAUUCAGAAGGGAAAAAUGAAAUUCAUCCUCCUUUUAUAUUGCUUCCUGUCCUAAAUGUGUUAAAACUUCAUUUGAAAGCAUUCUCAAUUAUACCAGAAAACCAAAGGUGUUUUCAGCUUUUAUAAUUUGUAACUGCUGCAGUAAUUGUUACUGAACAGAUAGGAUUUCCCACAUUUUUCCUCCUUUUGCCUGUAAGCUACAGAUAGUGAGUAUGUUAUAAAAGUGCUAGACAAUUCCAAUGUGGACCCUUUCUUAAUAAGCUUGUUGGCUUAAUAGCGGAAAGAGGAAGAGAUUAUAUGGUGCAGUUUCAUAAUUUGUUCUGGUUUCAGCUUGAAAUACAAAAACUGAAGUCAAGAUAUCUGCAUUGAACUGUUCAUUUCAGUCAUGCAGGGGAGAAAGUGGCACUUCUCAUUUACAUCUGGAGUUGGGUACAAGGUAGAAUUCCCUAAGCGCAAACAUUUCCAGCUUUCUUCCUCAGCUUCUGUGAGAGCAGUGAUUCUUUAUGAUCUGUGUUCAUAGCUUCAGUAGGAAUUGUGAUUUUAACAAGGUAAUUUGACUUCAAUACUGUUUAAUCAUUCAGUUGUAACUUUAAGUUUCUGUUUAUGAUCCUAAAUUCCUUUUUUUUAUAAAAAAAAAGAAAAAAAGGUAAUCACACACCUUUCUGGAUGAAGAGAGCCCUUUUUCUUCAAAAAUAGGAGAUGUCCUGGAGCAGAUAGAAUCCUGUGCCGUGGACUCUGGAAUCAAAGUAAGGUGUUGUGUUCCCUCUCUCCCUCCUUUCAGAUUAAG